UUCAAAAUUAAGUUAACACAUUAAAAAUUAAACAAUAGUUUAGUAUUUGAAAAAAAAUUAGAAAAUAUUGUAGAAUGCAAUAUCAAAUUUAUAUUGGACUGUUGUUUUUUGUCGUUAUUUCGCCAUGUCAAUCAAUGGAAUCCGUAUCUUUGCAUAAUUCGAUAUCUAAUAUACAAAAAAAUUUAGAGUGGUUAGGAGAAUUACUUGAAAAACAAGAACGUGAAGCAAUUAGAAAAAACGAAAGGAUAAGAGAAAAGUUAUUGAAGACAAAUAAUAAAACUUCUUUUCAAAAAUUAAAUUAUGACGACAAAUCAUUUAGUGUUCCUAAAGAAAUUCAGCCAAUAAUUGAGAAAAUUUUCCCAGACUCAACAAGUAUUUAUACCAUUAAAGAUGUCUUGGAAAACAUUGAAAAAAAUAAUUACACUGGCACAGCAAAUAUAAUACCAAAAUUAAAACAAUUCAAAGAAAAUGAAUAUAUUAGCCUUUUAAAUUUCCUACAAAUUUUGGCGGACAAAUAUUUCAAAAUUCCAAAGCAAAUGGUGGAAUUAUUCAAUAAUCUUUUUGAAGGAUUUCAUGAUAAGGAUACGUUAAAGACGAGAUUAAUUUCCUUGGAUGAUUUUAAAAGUGUCCUAGAAAACGUUCUAAAGAAUGAUGAUAUCAAAAAAAAUAUAUUAAAAGCUUUUAAAGAUAUAGAAAAUGUGUAUUAUGAAGCAUGGUUAUUAAAAAAAAGAAAAGAUAUAAAUAGUAUGAUAUUUCGUCCGCAUAUUAUGAAAUUUUCGUAUAAGGAAGAUAAGCACAUGAGUAACUCUCGAACAUGAGAAUAGAUGAUAAUUAUUCAAAAUAUAAUCAUCAUUACAAUAGCUGGUUUUUAUAACUGCAUAAUUUUUUAUGGCUUAUAAACUAAAUAAUAUUAAUUAUUAUUAUAAUAAAUAAUGAUUAUUAAAAA